AUGGCCAGGUCGUACGGCGGCCGGGUGCUGGCCGCGAUGAUCCUUUUGGGCAUCCCCGCGGCCGUGCUGGCGGCGCUGGGCGUGCAGCUGCUGUUCCAGCUGCAGGCGGGCCGCGCGGAACUUCGAGGACCGCGAAUCGACGGGCUGGGCCCGGAGCUGGGCGCCGGCCCUGGGCUGCCGGAGGACGCGGCCGGAGCGCUGCUGCCGCUGGCAGCCGCGCUCGCCGCGCUCGCCCUGGUGCUGGGUCUCACCUGCCUGCUUCUCGCCGCGCUCUGCGGCCACCUGGGCGCCGAGAUGGCGCGGGGACCGGGCCCCGGCAGGUCUGACUGGUUUCUUUAUGACUGCCGCCUCCUCAGACAUGUGGCCCUCGGCCUCUUCUGUUGUGGGGUCUCCGUCUACUUAGCAGCACUGUCCAUCUACGCCCUGCUUCUCUUCGAGAUCGAGACGGGUGCAGCAGCUGCCUCCAUCCUUGGCUUGGGUGCUCUGGUCCUGGUGGCGGCGCUGACUCACACUCUACUCCGGGCCGCCCGGGCCACCCGCCGUGGCCUCCAUGAGCUGUCCCCACCGCACUUUGAAGACGACCCUGUCUGCCCUGCUGAAGUCUCCAAGGCCAGCCCCAGGGCUCAGCCCCAGCAGGGUACCCAUCACUGGACCCCCUACUCAUCCUGCCCAAAACCUGGGGACUCCCUCAGAUCCAUGGUUACUGCCACAGCACCUGCAGCCAUAGGGGGAAGCCAGGACGGCAGCCUGCCUGCAUCUCGCAUGCACCGGACACUGUCUGCCAGUGAGGGGCACUGGAAAGAGGUCACGCAUGAGAUGCGCAGCAUCCUGAGCCACAGGCCAGGGGGUUCGGGGAAGGACUCCACCCUGGUGUGA